UGUCCAAACAGCUGAAACACAAUAUGAAUCUCCAAAAGUAAUUCAAGUUUCAAACGAAAUUAAAAACGUCCAAACACAAAUAGAUCAUAUAAACCCGAAAACGAUAGAAUGUUCAAAUACUAUAAAUUCGCCACAAAACAAUAUUAUAAUAUUGGAGAAUGCUACUUUAAAACCGAAAGAUGUUAAUUUUGAUGAAUCCAAUGAAAUACAAAUGAUCGAUAAUAUUAUUUUUGAAUCGCAAAAUACUGUAACAUCAAAUGUAAUUCAAAAUUCAACACAGAUAAGAGAGAUGACUGAUAACUCAAAUAAUAUUUUUGAAGAAAGCCAAAAUGUACUGACAUUAGAAUCUCCGUGCGUUAGCGCACAAAUCUAUAGCAGUCAAAAUGAGUUGAUAUACUUAAAAAACAAAUGCGACUCACUUUUUGAUACAAAUCUUCAAAAUAUAGAAAGCAAUGGAGAUAUUAAAGUAAAAAAUACUAAUUUAAAUAAAAUAACACCUGGAGACAAAUUGAAAACGAAUGUCAAUACUGAAAAUGAUUUAAAAGAAUCAAAAACAAAUAAUACUUAUGAAAACGAAGCUAUUAAUACAAAUACUGAAAAUUCACGAUUUAAUGACUUCGAAUUGAACGAAAGUGAUGAUUUAACGGAAUCUCAAGGGGAAGUAAUACCAUUCAAAGUGAUGGGGGAAUUUAAUAAAAUUAAAGCCUAUUUAAAUAAAAUUGAUGUUGAUAGCCAUGCAUCAGAUUCUGGUUUUAAAAGCAGAUCAUCAACUGCAUCUCAAUCUACGCACUGGCUUAACCAGUCCUCACAUUGCCUAUUCAGGUACCUAAGUCAAACACCGCUUUUUGAUUCUACCGUCGAAAUUAAUUACGAAAUCGCUAAGGUCCUAGGUGAACUUAUAGAUAGAUUACAUGAAAACGAAAAUUAUCCGAGUUUCCUUGAUGAGAUGUUGGAAUUUAUAGCAAAUUUAAUUUCGACAAUUUACGAGAGGAAAUGUGAUGUGAAUGUGUUUUUCAAAACAGACGAAUCUAUCGGACGCCUGCUUCUCCUGAACAAAUCGAAAAACAUAAUAAAGUAUACAAUCGAAAAAAUCAUUAAAAUUCUCGAAUCGUUCCAUGAAAAUUUAGAAACAGACACAAUUGAAUUAACAAAUAUAGAUAAAACCGAAAACCUCGCUUACAUAUUUCAUUUAUUGGAAACAUUGUUGAAAAAACAUAUUAAAAUAACACAAUUCAGUCAAAACACAAGAUUUAGUCAAAGCAAUAAAUUUAGUCAGUCACAAGAUGAUAAAUCUCUUAAACGCUCGACUAUUACCGAAAUAUGGCGAAAGAAAUGGAAUUUAACUAAAGCUGAGGUCUUUCAAAAAGAGGAAAAGAACAUUCUAGUGGACUGCAGCGAUAUUUUAAAUAAAAUAAUCGUCAAAGCCAUGAACAAUUAUAGUUUGAUUGCAUUUGCCGCAUUGCAAUGUUUCAAUCUAUUGCAAUCUUGA